AGUGCGGGGAUAUUUUAUCUCUGAAUGAAUUUAAAGAAAUUCAAAAACAACAAAGUGCAUUGGAGAAGAUGAGACUGCUUUUGCAAAUAGUCAUACGCAAGGGAGAGGAUACCUGUCUGAGCUUCAUAGACAUUCUGAAGCAGCAUCAAGCACGCUACCAAGGCCUGCAGCAGCUUUUCAACCCUCAGCCUCAAGGCUCACCUGCUCCAACAGUGUUCGCUGAUAACAACAGUGUUGUGAUCAACAGGACAAUAACUAAUGGAGCCGUAAAAUCUCUGUCCACUACCAUUGAAACAGUGAGCGAUUCGGGAAGUCAUUCGUCUGCAAAUGUUCCACAUGCAGAUUUAACUGCACUGGGAGGCAGCGUGAUAUGUGCUGAUGUUCUGUCUGGACUCACCGUUCAUGAUGGUAUAGAUCUCUCAGUGUCUGUGAAACCAUCACAAGCAUAUGCAGGUGCCGUAGAUAAAACGCUGCCUUCUCCUCAGGGCCCUGCUAUGAAAAUGAUUACUGAGCACAAGGUGGAACUCAUCGACAGCCUGAGGGCGGAUCUCUUCAUUCUGCAGCAUGUGCAUGCCAAACGGAUCAUCACAGACAGACAAUAUCAACAGCUGAAGCAUAUCUCUCAGCCAGAAGAAACUGUUACCAACCUGAUAGAUGUUGUGAUUGGUAAAGGUGAAGAGACCUGUGAUAAAUUUCUUCAGGUUCUUAAAGACCCUGAAGUUCUCAGGACAUAUCCAGGACUGAAAGAAAUNAACAAAGCCAGGAUUCCUGGCCCUGCUAUGAAAAUGAUUACUGAGCACAAGGUGGAACUCAUCGACAGCCUGAGGGCGGGUCUCUUCAUUCUGCAGCAUGCGCAUGCCAAACGGAUCAUCACAGACAGACAAUAUCAACAGCUGAAGCAUAUCUCUCAGCCAGAAGAAACUGUUACCAACCUGAUAGAUGUUGUGAUUG